GACGCGGCUGACGCCAGGGCGGUGGGGCGGGCCGAGGGAGGCGGUAAGAUGGCGGCGGCCGCCUGAUGCCGCCUCCUCCGCCCCCGUCGCCGCUGAAGAGGCGGUGGCAGCAGCGCCCGUGUCCCGGCCCGCCCCACCCCGCCGCGCCGCAGCCCUCCCCCGCCGCGGGCCGCCCGGCCAUGUAGACGGGGCGGCGCGGCCGCCUUUCCCCGCGCAGCCGCCCCUCCGCCGUCGGGCGCCAUGGAGGACGUCGGCUCGGGCGUGAACGCGGACGCGGAGGUGCGGAAGCUGCAGGAGCUGGUGAAGAAGCUGGAGAAGCAGAACGAGCAGCUCCGCAGCCGCCACGGCGCCCUGCCCGCCGGCCCCGCUAGCCCCAAGCGCCUCCAGGGCGGCGGGCCCUCCCCGUCGCCCCCCGCCGCCUCCCCGCCCGACGGCCGCUGCCUCAGCCCCAGGGCCGCCGCCCGCCGGCCGCCCCCCGAGGAGCCCGGUGGCGGCGCGGCCGGCGAGGAGGGCAACGGCCUCCUGGACGACGCGGCGCUGCUCAGGCCGGAGGAGCUGGAGCGGUUGGCCGGCUGCGAGGAGGACGAGACCGGCUGGUUAUAUAUGUCCCCAAAGAAGAAACUGACUCCAGUGGAAAAAUGUGUCAGUCCAUUAGUUUGGUGCAGGCAGGUAUUGGAUUACCCAAGUCCUGACGUUGAAUGUGCUAAAAAGUCGCUGAUCCACAGGCUGGAACAGACAAUGUCAGCUCUCAAGAGACAGAGUUUGUACAGCAGCCCUUUCAGUGCGGUCAGUUAUGCGAGCUCCUAUAGUCCAAAUACGAGUAGUCCCUACAGCAGUGGUUUCAACUCUCCCUCCUCAACACCAGUGAAAUCUGCUUUAGUGAAACAGCUCAUACCUCCCAGUACCUCAGGUCAUCUUAAAAGUUCAGCGGAUAGAAAUCCUCCACUAAGUCCACAGUCCUCUCUGGACAGUGAAUUAAGUGCAUCAGAGAUGGAUGAAGACUCUAUUGGGUCUAAUUACAAGCUAAAUGAUGUUACAGAUGUGCAAAUUUUAGCAAGAAUGCAGGAAGAAAGCCUCCGGCAAGAGUACGCGGCAUCUGCUUCUCGGCGUAGUUCUGGGUCUUCUUGCAAUUCUACGAGGCGAGGCACGUUCAGCGAUCAGGAGCUCGACGCGCAGAGUUUAGAAGAUGAAGAAGAUGGCACACAUCACUCGGUGCACCCUGCUGUUAACAGGUUCUCACCAUCACCUCGCAGUUCUCCCUGGCCUUCACCAAAACAAUCUCCAAGGAAUUCACCUCGCUCCCGAUCACCUGCUCGAAGCAUAGAAUACAGUAGAGUGUCACCCCAACCUAUGAUUAGCCGUUUACAGCAACCUCGUCUUUCGCUUCAAGGCCAUCCUGCAGAUCUGCAGACGAGUAAUGUCAAAAGUGAAGAAAAACUAAGGCGUAGUCUUCCAAACUUGUCCAGGACAUCUAGCAUCCAAGCUGAGUCUGUGAAAAACAGUAGAAGUGACUCAAACUUCCAAGUGCCAAAUGGAGGAAUACCUCGCAUUCAACCUCAAGCAUCAGCCACUCUGCAAAGGCAGAAAAAUUUGCCUCGUGCUGCCUUCAAAACCAAACAGUUUCUUCAAACUCCAUCUACAAAAGGAGUACCUUCUUCAAGUAAAUUCCGCUCACCUGCAGCACCGUCUCCCCUAGCUCUCCGACAACCAUUGAAAGCAUUUAGUAACCAUGGACCCGGUUCAUUUGCUUCUCCAGAAGCCACACAGCUGACACACAGUAGUUCUUCACCAGGGCCUCUUGCAGCCCAGAGUUCAGGCUUGCCAAGCCCUGCCAGCAGUAUUAACAGUACUACUCUUACCAGACCGGCAGGGACAGCAGGGAUGAGAAGUGGUUUGCCCAGACCCAGUGCCCCUUCUGCAGGGGGCAUCCCAGUGCCUCGUAGCAAACUUGCACAGCCUGUUCGCAGAUCAUUACCUGCUCCCAAAACCUAUGGCAAUGUGAAAGACGAGAGUUGGAAAGAUGGCUGCUACUGAACUGCAAAGUUUAAUGCAAAGUUCCAGUACUCAUGGAUGCUUCCUCACCGGGCUCAAAGACAGCUUGAUUAUACAAACUGUUCAGAUGUGACUUUUGGGAUUUGUAAAAAUUCCAGACCUCUCUGUCUCUAUUAGCACAAACUGGCAGAGAUUAUAAAGCAGCACUUUAAUGACAUCUAACAUCAGAUGUUUGGUGGUCAUACAAUCACUUCUACAUUAAAUUGCUAUCAGCUCUGGGGGUUUUUUCUUGCUUGCUAAAAAUGUAUCAAUAUGAGCAUUUAUGACAGUGGCCAGUGUCUGGGCAAAAACCUAACGAAUGCCAAAGAAAUGCCCAUCUUGAAAAAAAAAGCAAGUAUAACAGUCAAUUUACAUUGUCCAGAACUUCAUUUUCAGCCUGUUUUAAUUCAGCAGAAAAAUUGGUGAAUAUGUACUAUUGAAACAAGGCUACGUUAAUCAGAACUAAUAUUCUGAUUGCAGACUGCUACACUGCUAGUGAAGCAUUGCUUUUCACAGUUAUACGACAUUCUCAUUGGGGACAGUGGUACGUACAUCCUUCAGAAAGAAUCAGAAGUUACUCUGGAGGAUUAGGCAGAACAGUAAGUAGUGGCCAUGGCUCUUAUUAACAUGAGAGGCUUGAAUGUAGCAGACACACACAAAUGCAAUAGUAUAGAUUGCAUCUUUCCUAUGUUGAUUUAUCAGUUUCACAUGCUCUUGUAUGUUUGAUUGCCAAAAGGGCUUAGUAUCAGUUGUACAAUCUUUCUGACUUCAAAGUUCCUGGCUCAGGAAAGAUGGCCUUUGCUAUUGUAGCCACAUUUUUAACACAUGGCUCGCUAUUCGGGGAAAACAUUUUUUUAUAGCAGGUUUCCUUACAAAGGAAAGAGUAAGUUGUAUGUUAAUUUGUUCUAAUACCAUAUCACUAUGCUUGCAGCCUGGAGCAACUGUAAAUGCUGAUAGAUAAGGAGAAGGAAACACAACUAUGCACUUGUAACAUACAAAUUCUAAGGUAAUGAGUUGACUCUUGAUGCCAAAUGAUAUUCAUUUAGGUGAUGUUCCAUGGUAUGAGGGAGUUUUCUGUAUCCUAUUUUUUUACUUUCAUCCAUUUCUUAAAUUGGUUUAUUUUAAAUUGUAAAUAUUUUUACAGAAGAUAUUGCCCAUGUAAGUGUGUUGAAAUAUGUACUUUGCCUUACAUAUGUGUAUCUUACAUUACUGGUAACAGAGUAUGAAACCUGCUAUGUCUGUUUACAAGCUAUUAAAUUCCUCUGGUGGCUCUGA